AUGGCGACAAGAACGAAACGAGCAGGGGGUGCGCCAGCUGCGAGCAAAACAACGAGCAAGAACACGCUUUCUAUGAGCACAGCUCCCGUCAAGUCUGUCAGGGCGCUCGGAAAGGAGAAUGAAGACCUUCACCAGCAAAGACUCGUCAAGGCGAAGGAGUCGGAGAUCGAGACCUUGAAGUCUGACAUGGAGACUUUGAGACUCGAAGAGCAGAAAAGGAUCUUCGAGCUCGAGGAAGCGUUGAAGGCUGCACAGGAGGAAGCGAGCGAGAAGUCGCAGAAGAACGACGAGUUUCAAGCUCGGCUUGCUCAGAUGCUGAAGUCGAAUGCGGAUUACAAGAACUGCCUCGAGCACUAUGGCGUCAACGCUGUUACUUUGAAAGAAUGGUCGCAGAGAGAUAAGGAGAAGCGAAGAGACGUUGAGAUGCUGGAAGAUCAAAUCAUGAAGGCUCUGGAAGAUCUCUCCCAGUCUAAGAACAUCCUGCAACAAGAUCUGCAGAGAGGAAAAGAAGUCUCCGAGCUGAUUGCGCAAGUGAAAGAGGACAUGAAGCAGGUCAAAGAUUUCAAGACAGCAGAUGUUGACAGCAACAGUGAUGAGGACAAAGAAGAUGUCGACGAGCAGCUCUACGAGGAUCCAAGAAGGCACGAAGGAAGGGAGGAGGAGAAUGAGAGUGGAGACUCGAGCGGACAGCUGAAGGAGACUGAGGAAGAGCAGGAGCAGGAGCAGGAGCAGGAGCAGGAGCAGGAGCAGGAGCAGGAGCAGGAGCAGGAGGAGACGAACAAGGAACCAUCUGAACAGUGCCUGCAAGAACCAGAGGAGGAGCGUGAGGAGUUCGUGGUGAAGGAGGCGGGAGCGGGCAAUGAGGAGGCAGUGCUUGACGCAGCCAAGCCCGAAGACCAAACUGAUGUUGUUGAACCUCAGCCACAGCAGGAUGAGGAGGACAACCAGGUUCUGCCAGGAGAGGAGCAAGAUGCCGAGGACCAGGACAAGGAGAUUCCUGUAGAGGAAGCGACAGAGCUCAAGACUCCCGAGAUGGAAGUGGCUGCAUUUGCAGAGGAGGAUCUAAAUGUCAUCGAUGCAGCGACUGACGAGGUUGGAGAGAAGGACGAGGCGACGGUAGAGGAAGAAGCAGGCGAGAGCUUGUCGGAGAAGACCUCAUCGUCUUCAGUUGAGUCCUCUGCAGCUCCAGCAGAGGAGGUCGGCACGGAAGAGGCCGUGGAGGAGGCUCCCAAGGAGGAGGAAGACGUUUCCUGCGGUCAAAAGGAUGUCCCUGACGAGUUGCAGGCUGAGGAGCAUGCGGAUGGUUUAUCCAUGGCUGCGCUCCUGAAUCCAGAGGAGCCUGUGGAUGAAGCAAGACUAUCGCGGAGCAGCGACGACUUCAUCGACUCGAGCCGAUGGGUGCAGGAGGAGGAGGAGGAGGCGCUGGCGAACUCGAGGAGGGAGUCGUUUGACAGCGCCAUCUGCUAG